CGGAGGAGCUUUUGAGCAGCAGAAAUCAACAGUAAAGAGAGGAGUGUCAAAGAAACCUGACAGUAAUGUUGACUGCUGAAAUUGUGUCUAAUCCAGCAGAACUAAAUGAAGCAAACUCAGGAGGCGUCUCAAAAUUUUGAUCCCUGUCAACCAUCACUUAUCAAACAGUCCAACAGCUGCCACCUGGCUGUUUCUACGGCAACUGACCAGACCACCUUCAGCAAGCACACCUGAGAGAAGGAGAGCAGGGGAGACAAGAUACUACAGACGCUUCCAGGAUGGGCUACGAUCUAGAACGUUUUGUAGGCUAUGUGAACGAAGGUCUGCUGUGCUGUGUGUGUCGGGACGUGUUAGAAGAUCCUGUGCAGGCUCCGUGUGAACAUGCCUUCUGCAGCUCCUGCAUUCAUGGAUGGCUCAUCCACCAUAACAACUGUCCAGAGGACCGCUUGCCUUUAGACAUCACACAUCUACACCCACUAUUCAGAUACAUGAGGAAUGAUUUAGCAAAGCUGCAGGUGAGGUGUGUGUUUCGGCCACAAGGUUGUGAGGUCAUAUGUGCUCUGGAGUCUGUUCGUCGGCAUGAGGAACAGUGUGAUUACGCUUUGCUGAACUGCAGUAAUGCAGGUGACGAGUACUUAUGUUAUCGUUGUGGCUGCCCGGUUCAGGUGUCGAGACGCUCUCUGGAAGCUCAUCUGUGUGUGUGUGAAUACAGCAGCAGAGUCUGUGUAAGCGGCUGUGGAUACACAAUCAUAAACACAGAGGAGGCCCAGCACAACUGUGUGUCGGAGUUACGAGCUGAGCUGAACAUGCUCAGGGCAGAAUUAGACUGCAAAGUUGAAGAGGUGAGGCAUGAAAUGGAAUCUCGCUUGGAUUCCCAAAGACGACACAUGGUGCAGAAGGAGAGUCUGCUGAGGAGUGAAGUGGACGAACUGAAGGGCCAGCUGUCCCGUGUCAUGUCAGAUGUCCGCGUUCUGCUGGGUGCAGAGAGAGUGCGCAGACAAGAGUUGGAGAGGGCGGAGCUUGAAAAGGCGGAGCUUCUUGAACUUUUAAAAAAGGAGGGGCUCAGACCAGCCACGCCCUCUGAAGCAGCACCGCCGCCUGCUGAGGUGCAGAGAAAGCCAAGCUCAAGAAGCCUAGCUUUGGACUGCAUCAAAAGGAAGAAUAGAGAGGUUACAGUCAUCUGAGGACAUAGCUUUUCACGGAAGAACAGUAAGGAAGAGGGAAUGUCACAUUAUGCUAAUAGAAAACCACUACCUGGAACUAAUCAUCUGAAUGAAGCCCCAUUAUUGUUGUUCCUCUGGGUAAACUGAAUGAUUGAUAUGAGAUUGGCUAUGUUCUUUGAUUUAAGCAAAUUGUGUAGUAAAACAAGACCUUUUUACAAAUUUUGUAUGUUUUUAGAAUUUUAGAGGCUCAUUUUUCCAUUUGAAAGAUCAACAGAGAUGCAUUCUGCUACAUCCAUUGAUAUUAAAACAGUUUUUGACAAGG